AUGCAUCGAGCAGUUAGCCAUAAAAAUGUAUCAAAGUUACUGGCGGGGAAGGAACAUAGCUCGAUUAAGAAGCCUGUCAAAACGGCUGUAGUGCGCGUUUUGAUUCAAGUAGACCAUUGUUUUUCUUGUGAGCGGAUCUCGGAUGAUGAUCGUAUGUCGCUGACGACGGCCGUGAGCGAUGACGACGAGGGUGGUGGGGGCGGGGGAGGGGGAGGUGCCUCGGAAGAGCACUCCCCCCACUCCCCUCACCGUGCCAAGCAAACCGGGCAAGCUGCCGCCUCCUUCAACUGCACUGGCGCCGUUCGAAAAGCUGGGUUCCUGAGCGUGAAGAAAUGGCUGCUGCGGAAGAAGCACCAGAUCGAGCUGGCCCGGAAGCGGGGCUGGAAGGGCUACUGGGUCUGCCUCAAGGGGACGACGCUGCUCUUCUACCCCUGCGACACGCGGGAGGGGCGCUCCGUGGACUCGGCCCCCAAGCACCUCAUCAUCGUCGACGGCGCCAUCAUGCAGCCCAUCCCCGAGCACCCCAAGCGGGACUACAUCUUCUGCCUCAGCACCGCCUUCGGCGACGCCUAUCUCUUCCAGGAAGCAACUAGCAGAAAUCCCGAUUUAAAAAUUGGCGGGCUCGUCCGGGAUUUGAACCCGGGACCUCCUGCACCCGAAGCAGGAAUCAUACCCCUAGACCAACGAGCCGUGAUAACGUGGCUCAUUCAAUAG